GUGUUCAAACGCUUCGUCGAGAUUGGCAGAGUUGCCUUCAUUUCCUUCGGGCCGCAUGCUGGCAAGCUGGUGGCCAUUGUGGAUGUUAUUGACCAAAAUAGGGCGCUGGUUGAUGGCCCCUGCAGUGGUGUCAGAAGGCAGGCUAUGCCCUUCAAGUGCAUGCAGCUGACUGACUUUGUUCUCAAGUUCCCACACAGUGCUCGUCAGAAGUGUGUGCGACUGGCCUGGGAGAAGGAAAAUAUAAAUGAAAAAUGGGCAGCGACAAGAUGGGCAAAGAAGAUUGAAGCCCGAGAAAAGAAAGCCAAAAUGACUGACUUUGAUCGCUACAAGGUUAUGAAAGCAAAGAAAAUGAGAAAUCGGAUCAUCAAGCACGAAAUGAAGAAGCUCCAGAAGAUGUCUUCUAAAAAAGGCAAGAAGCCAGAGAAGUCAGAGAAGGCGCAGAAGUCAGAGAAGGUGCAGAAGGCACCGAAGGCGCAGAAAUAA